AUGUGCAUUGACUACAGGCAGCUGAACAAAGUUACUGUCAAAAACAAGUACCCACUAUCGUAUAUUGAUGAUUUAUUUGAUCAGCUUCGGGGUGCAAGAGUAUUGUCGAAGAUUGAUUUAAGAUCGGCGUACCAUCAGUUGAAGAUCCGAGCUUCAGAUACUUCGAAGUCAAUUUUCAGGACCCGUUACAGUCACUAUGAAUUUCUGGUGAUGUCUUUUGGGCGGACCAAUGCCCCAACAACUUUUAUGCACUGGAUGAACUGCGCAUUUCAGCCUUAUCUUGAUUCUUUUCUCAUAGUUUUUAUUGAUUAUAUAUUGGUGUAUUCUCGUAGCUGGGAUGAUCAUGACCAGCAUUUGAGGAUUCUGCUCUAG